AUGACUUGGGGAUUGUAUACUAUUAUCAUUCAUGAAUACCAGAAUUUAUUAAUCAAAUGUUUAAGAAAUAUAGCUAUAGCAUUAUGGGUUAUAUCAGAAAUUUGCUAUGUUAGAAUUCAAUUUUCAGACCCUGGAGAAAUACUCUAGAAAACAGUGCCUUUGAAAUUACUUAAUAAUUCGCAAUUACUGUAGUAUUACCAAAAUAUUUGCGAUAAGUGCAAUAGUUGGAAACCCCCUAGAGCACAUCAUUGUAAAAGAUGCAAUAAAUGCAUUUUUAAAAUGGAUCAUCAUUGCGAAUGGACAAAUAAUUGUGUAGGAGCUUUAAAUUAAAAAUAUUUUGUACUCUUUCUACUCUACAUGUUUUGCUACAUUAUAACUAUCCUAUUAAUACAUAUAUUGUGGAUCUACUCUUUCUUUAUGACGAAUUACUUAGAUAUAUGGAAUUCAUUAAAGGCGAAUCAAUUUGAGAUUUUUGAAGUCAUCCUGGCAAUAACAAUGUGUUCUUUCUUUUCAUUUUUUGUCAUCUCAAUGCUUUAGGAUCAAAUUUAAGUAAUUAGAGACAAUUAAACAGUGGUUGAGUCUUUCUAAGGCAAAUUUGGGAGAUAAUAGUCAUUUUUGCAAAAUAUGAAGUAAUUCAUGGGUGAUGAAAAAUGGUAUUAUUGGAUGCUACCAACUACUCCAAUUUUGAAGUUGAACUAUGCAGAGAUAGUCUAUGGAGAAUCAUUGGUCAAUAUGGGAACAUCUUAUUUAGAAGAUAUCAUUUAUGAUGAAAAGAAUCCUUAGAGUGCCUACUUUGCUGAAUUUAUGGUAGAUAAUUAUAAAAAGAAGAAGGCUUGA